AUGUCUGAUUAUUACGGUCCUACACUUUUGUUCAGAAAUAAUGCCAUUCGGCGGUUUAGUCCCGAACUUUCCCCAGUAGCUAGUAUGAGCACAUUCGAUCUUCCACUAAGCAGUAAUGGAAGCAAUUGGCUCUUAAACGCUGAGAAUCCAAGAGAUACCGAGGUCAUUAACAAGACCUGUUCGUUGAAUAGGUUGAAUAUCAAGUCAAAUUACUGGAAAAUACCCGAUGCCACCAUGAACUUGACAUCUAUUGCUGUGAAUAAUGCUGGAACCAACGAACCAAAAAUUGCUAUAUCGAGUGGUGCCAAGGAAGAUAACUUGUUCUUGUACCAGCUCGACUUGGACAGCAAUUUUUUAACCCACAGCAAUACCAUUACCCUUCCAAAUAUACACCUGAUGCAGUGGGUCCCCAAUCACAGCGACUACAUGAUUACGGGAAACAAUAAGGGCUAUGCCCAUCUCGUGUCGCUUCCCAAUGACGAAGAGCAGUCGGCCUCAAUUUGCAAGAGGUUUAAUCACAGAAAACAUCUCAAGUCCAUCGACGAAACUGUUCAGCAAAACCAGGCGGGAAUUUCACGAAUGGGGUUCACCAAGUCAGGAAACUUGUUGAGCAAGUACAACAACAGUUUGUUUCUUUGGGAUAUCCGUGAUUGUGAAAGCCAAGAAAAGCCAAAACCGCUUUCGAUUUCCAAUAUUUCUGGGUUGCACAAUUUUGACCCAACUAUCCAUCAAAACUCAUCUACGGUUGCAAUUUGUGGUCGAUUUGGUGUUUCGCUCUUCGACACAAGGCAGCCCAAGUUUGGAGUUCCCGCAAGCAUCGUCCACCAAGCCAAUAGAAGCAAAAUGGGCUCCACAGUGGUCAAAUGGUCACCAAAAGACGAAUACGUAUUUGCAGCGGCUCACAACGACGGUGUGGUACGGUUGUGGGAUAUAAGGCAGCAAGAGAGCUAUGCAACGCUCGACGGUCACCAGGGUCGCAAGAUUAUUAGCAUGGAGUGGAAUAACGGAGAUUUGUUCACCGGUGGAAAAGAUGGAAAUAUUGUCCAUUGGGACUUGCUGGGUGACAAAGAAGGAACCCCAGCAGUAGGAGAAUGUGGACUCAAGGAAGGAUUGAGUAGCGUGUACUUUGAUCCAGUGAGAAAUUCGUUGCAACAGAGAGUUUCGCAAAGGCAAUGUGGUACGGUUCUACCAGCUUCCAACAGCACCAUUGUGGCCAUGGCAUCAGUGGAUCACGAAGACGACGUCAAGGUUUUAUCUGUGGAUUCCAGUUCGUUUUUCGGAGUUCAUUCCAAGAUUUAUGAUGCCGUCAAAGUUGAUUUUGCAGCCAACAAAUUAUACUAUAGCGACGAAGACAUGCAAUUGCUCAUGUCCUCGGCCGAACCCUCACAAUCCACCUUGGUUUGCGAGUCGCAGGAAGACCUCGCCGAGCCAACAAAACCAUUAUCCAUCUCCCGUACUGCUUCCAAGUACGAAAAUCCAUUGCAUACAUUGUCUAACGACACCCUCACAUCCGACACCGAGCCAUGCAAGCUUAGCAUUUCUCAAUACGAGGUUCAAUCCGAAGUUUCUGGCUUUGAAGACGAGUUCAAUUUCACCCUCACAGAGCAUUUCAACGAGUCUGCGUUAUCGGUUGAUACUGCUGUUUCGGUAUCGUCUACGCCAGUACAUUCUGCAACACCAAAGUUUGGUCCGGAUUCCGCUCAACUCCCAGAUUUAUUCGAUUCUGACUCGGCAACUUCAUCUCCAGACUUUGCUCGUGCUCGCAUAAACGACUCAAACACAACGCUCGACACCGCACCCACCAUUGACGAGAUCGACAUGGCGGAACCCACUCACCAAAAACAUACCAGUUUCACUCUUGAUGACUUUACGCUACUUUUCCAGGACGAUAAGAAGCACCACGAGCUCAGACAACCAGUAGCAUUAACACAUUAA